UAGCCGGGGCUGGAUCAGAAGUGGAGCAGCCGGGGCCCAGUCGGGGUGGAUGCGGUGUUGCUCGGCUUCCUGAGAGCCGGCCUUGGCUUGGCUUCCUCCUGUGGCUGCAAGUCCGUUAGCGUCGGAAUAUUCGGGGUUCUGGCGUCUUGUACCCCCAGAGAGACUGACCUCAGAGACGGGCUGCUUUAUUGAAGCAGAGGGAGACAGCCUCGGAAGGGCCUAGGGCUGGCUGAAGAGGGGCCGUAGGGGGCUUUGAAGCCCCUGGGACUUUCUUGGGAUCUGUUUAACCGGCUGCCCUUGGGGGAGAUAGAGCACGGUUCCUGCACCAAGAAGGGCUGGUGGGGUGACAUCUUGUGAGCUUUAUUGCCCUUUAAAAUCUCGUUUAUUGUUUCUUUUUGCUUGCUUUGCAUGUCUUUUCAUUUGAGAGAGUGACAGAGAGCUCCCAUCGGCUGGCUCACUCCCCAGAUUCCGGCUCUGGCCGAAGCGGGGAGCUAGAAACCGAGUCUGAGUCUCCCACGCGGGUGGCAGGCGUCCGGCUCCUUGAGCCACCACCCAGGGUCCCAUGGGUGUGCACCGGGAGGGAACUGGAGUUAGGAUCAGCAGGCCUUGAGCCCAGAUGCUGAUGUGGGAGGGGUCCUACCGGUGUCAUCCUUACAACAAAUGGCUGCUUCAGAAGUCGUAUUUUUUUUUUUUUAUUUGACAGAGUGAUAGACAGUGAGAGAGAGACAGAGAGAAAGGUCUUCCUUCCGUUGGUGCACUCCCUAAGUGGCUGCAACGGCCGGCACUGCGCCGAUUUGAAGCCAGGAGCCAGCUGAGCUUCAGUCACUGUCUGUUCCUGGAACUUACCAGGAGAAGAUUACUCACUUGGGAAAUUCUCUGAUGAACUUAACGGGUCUCAGAGCUCUGGACCUCUCACGCAACUCCUUGGUUAGUCUGGAGGGCAUUCAGUACCUGACUGCACUGGAAAGCCUCAAUCUCUACUACAACUCCAUUUCCUCGCUGGCAGAAGUGUUUCGGCUCCACUCCCUGACUGAGCUGCGGGACGUGGACUUCCGGCUGAACCCCGUGGUGAAGAGCGAGUCUGAUUACCGCCUGUUUGUGGUGCACAUGCUCCCCAGGCUGCAGCAGCUGGAUGACCGUCCCGUGAGGGACAGUGAACGGAAGGCUUCGCAGCUACACUUUGCUUCCGAGGACUCAGUCGACUCAAGAGAGAGCUUCCUGGCUGCCGUGCGAGCUGGCAGACCCCUCCCCUCCCAAGCCAGGUGCACUGACGCCUCUGCCAAGAAGUGCCUGGUCAUGGACGCCGAUGACGAGGCCGUCCUGAGCCUCAUAGCCGAGUGCGAGUGGGACCUGAGCAACCCGCCCAGGAGCACCAGCUCCAGCCAGAGGGAGCGCGAGACCGACCUCCGCAGCACCCAAGAAUCCAGACCCUCGUCCAGCCCACCGUCAGUGCAGCACCAGUGUGGGGACUCGGGGAAGAGAGCCCAUGAGAAGAGGAAAGGCAGCUCCAGAGGGGGCUGUCCAGAGAAGCAGCCCCGGGACCACCACUGUGGGGAGCUCCCCGCCCCGUACGCGGCGUCCCAGGCCGUGCGCGCCCACUUCACCCCGCAUCCAGACUCCAUGGACGUCGGGGACUCGGCCUCCUCUUCCCAGAAGUCAAGUACGUCAACACAGAAAGUGUUAAGUGCUUUGCCUGUUCAGGAGAAGUUGAGGAAGCGACGAAUGCCCGGGGGCAGGUUCCAGGCGCCUUCCGACCAGGAGUGUCUGAGCUGCCUGGAGGAGGGGCUGAGCAGGCUGAGCAGCUCGGAAGGCAGGAGCGCGAGGGCCUUCUCUCACUCUGCGGUGUCGGAGCUGGAAGGGCAACGCUUGCACGGCGCGAGUGACGUCAGAGAGCCAUCUCCCAAGGUGCACUCGGCAGCCACGCCUGGGAAGAAGGCUGGUCUGGAGGUGGCCCUCCUGGAAGCGGUCCUCGACCUGGUGGACAGGCACUGGAGCGGCUGCAAGUCCCUGCACAGCAACGAGACAUUUCUCGCUCAGGCAAGACACAUCUUGUCAGCUGUUCCAGAACUGACCGUAGCUCGGGACAGCUCGACAGGUGUGAAGGAAGACAUGAGCCACCUGGCCCUGGAGAACAGGUCUCUGCAGAGCCACCUCGCUGACCAGCAGCAGCAGCACGCCCUGAAGAUGAGUGAGGUGAUGUCAGACCUGCACGAUGCACGCAAGGAGAUGGAUGACUUGAGACACCAUUUAGACAAGUCUUUGGAGGAGAAUAGUAGCUUAAAGUCUCUUUUGUUCAGCAUGAAAAGAGAAGUGAAAAAUGCAGACGCUUCAGCUACGUUAAAUGUGCAGAUCUCCGGGCUGCAGUCAAGUGUGAAGAGGCUCUCGGACGAGGUGGUGGAGCUGAAGCAGCACCUGGAGCACUACGACCAGAUCCAGGAGCUCACGCGCAUGCUGCAGGAGAGCCACAGCUCCCUGGUCAGCACCAACGAGCACCUCCUGGAGGAGCUGAGCCAGGCGCGGGCGCAGCACCGGGCGGAGGUGGAGCAGAUGCACUGGAGCUACCAGGAGCUCAAGAAGACCAUGGCCCUGUUCCCCCAGCGCAGCGCGGGCGGCCGCCAGUCCUGCUGACCCCGGCGGUUUGCAGCGCCCUCGCGCCCGCCCUCGGCGCCUUCGCCUGGUGAGCGUUCUCGCUUCUGUUUCAUUCUAUUUGAUUCCUGCGGCGUGUCCAGGGCCUCGAGCUCAGCUCGCUAUGCUACCCUAAGAUGAUGGGGUUGACAGCCCUUUGCUUGUUUUAAUAAAUAGGUUGUUCUGAAAAUUAA